GAAGCGACAACAUACUCGUAAAAUAUUCACUCAUCAUUUAAAAAGCCAAACGUUUAAAGAAGCGCGAAGAUGUCUGCCAUAAAUAAACAGUUCAAUCACAACAAUAAGAAGAAGUUGCCGAUGUACUCGUAUAAGUCGAAAGUGUCGCCAACACGUCGACUUAAGAAUCUGCUGAAACCGCUAAUUAGCCACAUCUUCAAGCUAAAGGAUAACAAGCAACCCAAACGGAGCUCAUAUAUCGCAUCGGAGGAGAAGGAAACUGAGUUCGAUUGGCUGAGCAACGACAUGGAUAACAUGUCGAAUGAGCAUCUCGAGAAUCGACUCAUCGAGGAGAUACGUCAGUGCGCCAAGGAGGACGCAAUCAUUGUCUAUGGCGAUAACGGAUCCGGCGAAUUGCAAACAUUUGAUCAAGAAGAAGACUAUUACGUCCCGGUACACUUCGCUCGCACCAAUGCUGGUACUUUUUUCUGGACCUCCCUGCAACCGAAGUCGGCGAAGCCCUACGAUAUCGAAUGGAACUUUCAUGAUCGCUGGGCACAGGCAUGAACGACCAAAUUAAAAGCGUAUCUGGGUUUCAACUUCUUCAUAUCAAGCUAUAUGGCUUCAGUUGGUUGGGUACAUGGGCCUAUGGUCUUCAAUUCAAAGUUCAGGCACUUCGACUUUGAGCCCAUCAGCGGGGGAAAAAGUUCACAAUGUAACUUUUCGAAGUGGCUUUGCAUUUUAAAUGACUGA